AAACUUUGGAAUGUAGUCCUUCUAUGAGAAUUACAUCAUCCCAGGGUUGCAUGAGUGAACCACUGAAGCAAGAGUGUAGGAGCGUCAAGAGCAACCAGACUGUUGAGGGCAGUGUGGAAAAAAUAAUCAAGGAUGUUGACCAUGUCAGUAGUGAGUCGGUGGUCAGCACAUCAACGGUGUGCUCGGAAAUCAGCGGCCAUGGCAAGAAGUCAUGCAGUUUUGCACACGAGUCAGUAAAAACACAAGAAGCAAUGCAAUCGCAGAGUGAACUGAAAAGACUUGAGAUUGGGAUAGAAAUUGAAAUAAACCCAGAGAGAGAUCUGCUGAAGGCAUGCGGAUGUGCACAUUCGGACAUGUUUGCUCAUGCAAACCUGGAAUUACAUGAUACUGUUUCGAUACCAAUAGUGAUUGAGAAGGAAACAGAGUGCUGAAGCAGCACCGAACAGUUAAUUUGAGGAGUGUGCUGUAGUGAAUACCUGGCAACAGCUGCGU